CCCUUCGUUGCGCACUACUUUUAUCCAAGGAAUACCAGAAAAUGUUAGGCUCCUGUCUGCUUUUUAACAGGAGGCACUUGAUCCAUGUUUUUUCAUGUUGCCAGCCUCUUCUAGGACGUGACUGUUUCAGCCUCCGCACUCAUUUCUGUCCUCUCACAAAACUGCCUGCCAGAUGGAUAUCGGCUUAUAGAAAAGUUGCCCCUGUCUUCACCAGAGCAUCCGCCUUUGGAGAAAACAUAGCCAUCAUUGAUCAAAGAGGAGAACACACCUACAAAGAUUUGUACACUCGAAGUCUUUACCUCUCUCAGAAAAUCUGCAAGGCCCUUGGAAACUCAGAUGGUGACCUGAAGGGUGAACGGAUUUCAUUUUUAUGCCCCAACGAUGCUUCCUAUGUCGUUGCCCAGUGGGCUACCUGGAUGAGUGGAGCUAUUGCUGUGCCUCUGUACAGAAAGCAUCCUGUGUCAGAACUGGAGUACUUCAUCCAGGACUCCCAAAGUGCCCUUCUGCUUGCCGAGGAAGAGUUUGAGGAGAAAAUUACCCCGACUGUUGAGAAACUGGGGGUGCCUGUGCUCUCGCUUCCCCAGUCUGGGAAGUGGGAAGGGACAAUGGAUGGAUCUGCUGGAGAUGCCGGUUGCCCCAUUUCAGAGUGGGAGAACAGAGGGGCCAUGAUCAUCUAUACCAGUGGGACCACAGGGAGGCCCAAGGGGGUCCUAAGCAGUCACCAGAAUGUCCAUGCUAUGAUAACCGGGCUGGUUGAAAAAUGGGCCUGGACAAAUGAUGAUGUCAUUCUCCAUGUCCUGCCCUUGCAUCAUGUCCAUGGGGUGGUCAACAAGCUGCUGUGUCCCCUCUGGGUGGGCGCCACCUGCAUCAUGCUUCCCGAGUUUAGUGCAGAAAUGGUCUGGGAAGCCCUCCUGAGUCUCCAGGCUCCCCGGGUCAACGUCUUUAUGGCAGUGCCAACCAUUUACAGCAAACUGAUUGCUUAUUAUGAUGAGCAUUUCUCUCAGCCAUGCGUCCAGGACUUCAUCCAUGCCGUCUGCCAGGAUCAUAUCCGGUUGAUGGUAUCGGGGUCCUCGGCCCUCCCGGUGCCGGUCCUAGAAAGAUGGAAGAGCCUUACGGGCCACGUUCUCUUGGAGAGAUAUGGGAUGACAGAGAUUGGGAUGGCACUUUCCAACCCACUGCACGGUCCUCGUGUUCCAGGAUCAGUUGGGACGCCGCUGCCCGGAGUUAAGGUGCGCAUCGCCACCGGAAGCUGGACGAAGGACAGUUCUGCCUUCUGCAUCCAUGCUGAAGGGGACGAGACGGGCACAAUGGUGACUCCAGGCUUCGAUGCCAAAGAAGGGGAGCUCUUUGUGAAAGGCCCGUCAGUGUUUCGGGAGUAUUGGAGCAGACCUGUUGAAACCAAGGAGGCCUUUACUCCCGAUGGCUGGUUCAAGACAGGUGAUACCGCUGUGUAUCAGGAAGGCACCUACUGGAUCAGGGGACGCACCUCGGUGGACAUCAUCAAAAGCGGAGGUUACAAGAUCAGCGCUCUGGAAGUCGAGCGCCACCUGCUGGCCCACCCUAGCAUUGCAGAUGUUGCCGUGAUCGGUGCCCCAGACAUUGUCUGGGGCCAGAAGGUCAGCGCUGUGGUAGAACUCCACAAGGGCCAGGAUUUGUCUCUCCAGACCCUCAAGAAAUGGGCAAGGGAGACCAUGCCAGCUUACACCAUCCCUUCCGAGCUGCUCCUGGUGGAGGAAGUUCCACGCAACCAAAUGGGCAAGGUGGAUAAGAAGCAGCUCCUCAAACAAUUCUACGGCACGUUGUGAAAGCCUCCACCUGUGGUGGGUGGAAGAAGGAUGUCUGUGGUCGAAGAGCAGGACUGGAGACUCUGCUUUCAAAAAUGGAUCCGGUCCUUGUGGGUUGACUUGCCUUUAGCUCGUCACCUGGAGGGCUGAACGGGACCUGUGGCUUAUUAGCGGCUUAUCAGGCUUUGCACUGGCAGAAAGUUCAGCCUACCUAAAACAGGAGCUCUGCUGGGG